ACUUAUACUAAGUGCAAAGAGUGAAUGGGCAAUGUGGGGCGGGACAUUCCCACCUUCCAUCUGGCUAUCCAUCUAUAUCUCAACUUCACCCCAUUACACCUGCCACACAAUAUCCAAUCUAACAUGACUCACUCCCUCAAUCCGUUCGCCUAAAGAAUAAUUAUGUCUUCCCCCCUCCGCGCAGCAAUCCUUGUCAUCUCAGACUCGGCAUUCGUCGACCCCGGAUCUGACAAGGUCGGCCCCGCCUUGACCGAGAUAUUCACAUCUGCUCAACUACAAUCCAAGGGCUGGACAUUUCCCAAAGUCGAUAUUGUACCUGAUGAUGUGGAGUUAAUUCAAGAUGUCAUUAAGAACUAUACUGAUAAUGAGAAUGACUACUAUAAUUUGGUCGUGACGAGUGGAGGAACCGGGUUUGCGGUUAAGGAUGUGACGCCAGAGGCUGUUGCACCUAUACUGCAUCGCCAUGCACCAGGUCUUGUCCACGGCAUGCUUGCAGCCUCGUUACAAGUAACUCCAUUCGCCAUGAUGUCACGCCCCGUCGCAGGCGUACGAAAUAAAUCAUUAAUUCUUACACUGCCUGGGUCCCCAAAAGGGGCAAAAGAAAACCUCGAGGCUGUCAUUAGCCUCUUACCACAUGCUUGCAUUCAAGCAGCCGGUGCUAAUUCAAGAGAGCUUCAUGCCGGCGGGCUCAAGAAGCUUGAAUCCGAAGCUGGUGUGUCAUCAACGAACAGUAAUGCGACCAAAAAAGACAGCCUUUCUCAUGAUCACCACCACCAUCAUCAUAACCACGGCGGUGGGCAUGGUGGGCACCAAAUCCCAAAAGCUCAUACUGCGCCAGAAGAUAGACCACAGUCCAAUGACCCCAAUGCCGGUCCCACAAGACGGUACCGGUCCUCGCCAUACCCAAUGCUCUCAGUGGAUGAAGCACUCAGAAUAAUCGCACAGGAGACCCCGGAACCUACUACAACCCAAGUGCCCGUCGACUCUGACCUCGUGGGGUCAGUGCUAGCUGAAGAUGUGUAUGCUGGAGAGGCGGUCCCAGCUUACCGAGCCAGCAUUGUCGACGGAUACGCCGUGAUAGUACCCUCAUCCGGAUCAGGAACAAAAGGUGUCUUUCCCGUCGCCUCUGUAUCUCACGCACAAGCAGCCUCUAUGCCCCCACCUCUCAAUCCAGGCACAAUAGCGAGGAUAACAACAGGCGCCCCAUUACCGCCAAACGCGAACGCCGUAGUCAUGGUAGAAGACACCAUCCUCGCGUCAACAACACCAGAUGGAAAGGAAGAAGCAACCGUCGAAAUCCUCACGGACAACAUCAAAUCGGGCGAAAACAUCCGAGAACCUGGGAGCGAUGUAAGCAGGGGAAGCAAAAUCCUUACCAGGGGAGAUUUGAUAUCUGCCGUUGGAGGAGAAAUCGGGCUUCUAGUAUCGACCGGCACCAGAACGGUUAAAGUGUUCAAGAAACCCACUGUGGGUGUCUUGAGUACCGGCGACGAGCUAGUAUUGCAUGACGACCCCAGGGUUCUCACUGGCGGUCAGAUUCGUGACUCCAACCGCCCAUCCCUAAUCUCAUGUCUACGCUCAUGGGGCUUUGAGACCGUCGAUCUCGGUAUUGCUCGCGACACACCCGCUGGCGAACUCGAGAAAGCCCUCCGCGGCGCCGUCCGCGGUCUGGGAUCAGACAAACCACCGGUCGACAUCAUAAUCACAACAGGGGGCGUAUCAAUGGGCGAGCUUGAUCUCCUCAAACCCACAAUCGAGCGCACGCUUGGAGGCACAAUCCAUUUUGGAAGGGUAUCCAUGAAACCCGGAAAACCCACCACAUUUGCCACAGUCCCCUACAAACCAUCCACAGCUGCAGGGGGGGAUACUGCACAACAGGAACGUGAGAAGAGGCUAGUAUUCUCUCUCCCUGGUAACCCUGCAUCGGCACUAGUAACACUAAACCUCUUCGUUCUACCCUCACUGCACAAAAUGAUGGGUCUGGCAAGUACAUCAACUGCACCCUCCCCCCUCCCUACGCCAACCUCAGUCGGCCUCCCAAUCAUAUCUGCAUCGCUCACGCACCCUAUCCCGCUCGACCCGAAACGCACAGAAUACCAUCGCGCCAUCGUAACCGCGUCACGGAAAGACGGGCGGUUGUAUGCUACGAGCACGGGGUUGGCCGGGGUCGGACAGCGGAGUUCAAGGGUGGGCAGUCUGGCCAAGGCUAACGCGUUGCUGGUUCUGCGGCCUGGAGAGGACAGGAUUGGGGAAGGGCAGCUCGUGGAGGCGUUGUUGAUGGGGGGUGUUGUUCCGGAAUAGUAGAUAUAUAAUGAUAUGUAAUU